AUGAUGCAGGCUCUGCACAUGGCAGAAUGUGUGAGCAGCGGACGAACUGGGCGGGAGAAGGAGAGCAGCAGGAAUGGGGAGUUAGUUGAGCGCGAGGCCCGGCUGGCAUCUGCGAUGAGCCCCACACCUUCUGGGAACGGUGGACACACUCAGUUUUUAGCCUUUGCUUUAGUGCUGGCCUUCUUCCUUCUGGGUCUAGCCGGGGUGGUGAUCUGCCACGUCCUGAAAAGGAGGGGCUACCGAUGCACCACCGCCCAGGAGGAUGAUGAUGAUGAUGAGGUGUUCGAAGAAGGAGAUGGCGAUCCUGAGCUUGGAGGAGAGUUUAAUGAGACCAUGAGUGAGAACAACGACACAGUCGGACAGAUCGUCCACUACAUCAUGAAGAAUGAAGCAAACUCUGAUGCCCUGAACGCCAUGGUUCACCAGAACAGCAUCGAUUCAGAUGUUUCUCCGACGUCACCCGUCUCUCUGGCUUCUUCGACCCCACCACCGACCCCCAUAUCACCAGGGGCGCCCCCCGGAGCCCCGAAGCACACGUGCAACCACCUGCACACCAUCGGCGGCCUGGGCGGCCACAAGAACAUCUGCAACCGCUGCAACCAGAAGAAAUGGCCGCUGAUGAGGAAGCCCUCAGCCCGAAAGUCAGAGCAGCGCCGCAGCAACGAGGUCACCGUCCUCUCUGUGGGCAGGUUCCGCGUGACAAAAUGCGAAAAACCAGCCAAGGAUCGACGCACUAUACUGAUAUCAGAGUCUAACGGCAGCGUCCCGUCAACACCCACAGAGGUGGCCCGCCGCAGCAGAAGGAUGUCAGAAUCCCAACAGGAAGAGAAAGAAAGCUCAGACAAAGAGAAGCGAUAGAAGUCCAGUUUUCCCACAUGUCAAGAACAGGACCAAACAUCUGGACACUUUAGAUUUUCUCUUUUUAUGUUAAACUCAAACGGGAACAGUGGCGCCCUCAGAGCUGGGAUGGACAAACCGAUCCAGGAGGGGUCUCUCCACGCCGGCGGUGAAAGCUGCCGCUGAGAACCUGGCAGGUCAAGGUUGAUUAAUAAACAGAAAAAGAGGAAGAAAGGGAG